UCUGAAUUACACACGAUUGAGCUAGCCCGGUGUUUCAUUGCUGCUCCUGGAUAUACCUGAAGGCCCCUUCUAGUUACAUACAUAAUAAUCUGGCGACGAGUCGUGAUCGAAUCAGCGAGUGCGCGAACGUAGUUGAGUGACUUGAGUGAUAUCUUGUGCGAACAGAAUGGCAAAAAUGUCGGUUGGCAAGAUGGACGCGUUUGAUCGGAACAAAGAUAAUUGGGCGACGUAUAUAGACAGGCUGGAGCAGUAUUUUAUAGUAAAUGAUGUGCAAGAUGACCGCAAAGUACCAUUAUUAAUUACCGCGAUGGGAGCAGAUAGCUACGAUUUAUUAGUGACCUUGUGUACUCCGACUAAGCCAUCAGAAAAAACCUACAAUGAACUUGUCAAACUUAUGUCAAGUCAUCUGCAGCCGCGGCCGAGUGUUUUAGCGGAAAGAUAUAAAUUUCGUCAACGCAAGCAGUCGAAAAAUGAAUCGAUAGCGGAUUUUAUUGCGGACUUGCAAAAGCUAACUAAAUAUUGUGAGUUUGGUACGUGGUUGGAUGACAGCUUGCGAGAUCAAUUUGUGUGUGGAUUGUAUAAUGAGACUAUUCGAAUGCGGUUAUUUACGGAAAAAGACCUGAAGUUUGCUAAGGCUAAGGGAUUAGCAAUAGCGAUGGAGGCAGCAGAGGUUAAUGCGGCAGCGGUAGAAAGUCGAGGUCGGUCAUCAGGAAAUGACGCCACGACGCCAUGUUUUUCUAUAAGCAACGACAAGCAUUCAAAUUUCAAGACGCCAUUACGGAACACACGAAGUUAUCCGAAAAGCGACGAGCAAACCAAAGUAGUUCGCAACGAAGUUAACCGAUGGAGGCCGAACGGACAGCGGCCGAACAAUAGUUACCGGGGACCUGUGACGUCGAGAUCAGCUGACGGCAACCGCGCGCAAGUAGGUCAAGGACAAGGGACGUGCUCAGCGUGUGGUGGUGCGCAUGCGGCUCAGACGUGCAAAUUUCGACUUUAUGUAUGCCGUGUUUGUAAUCAAGACGGACACUUGAAAAAAAUGUGCCCGAGGUUGACGAAAGUUAACUACGUUGAGGAUGAGUAUUCGGAAGAGGAAACAUAUGACUUAGAGGUAAAUCUUUCCUUUGUAAAAGAAGAUAAUUUCAGUAAAUAUAAACCCUAUUAUGUGACCCUAAAUGUUAACAAUCACGAUAUUAAGAUGGAGAUUGACACGGGUAGUGCUAUAAGUUGUAUUAGUCCAAAAGUUUAUGAAAAAUAUUUUUCUAAUUGUGAGCUUAAACCGGGUCACCUAAUAUUAAGAUAUUAUUCGGGGGAGAAAGUUCGUCCGUUGGGUAGAUUGAAGCCACUAAUUAAGUAUAAGGAUCGCUCAAUGCCGCUCGAUUUGUUUGUUAUAGAGGAUGGUAAAACUAAUUUACUAGGCAGACAAUGGUUAGUUGAGUUAGGAAUUAUUAAGGUUUCGUUCGAGUCAGACUUGAUUAAUUAUGUAAAAACAUCGAGAGAUUUUAAUUUGUCAAAUUUCAGUUCCAGGUUUAAGAGUGUGUUCUCGGAGGGCCUGGGGAGGUACAACGGCGGGCUAGUGUCACUGCGAGUGCGGUCGGACGCGCAUCCCGUGUUUCUACGCGCGCGCCCCCUGGCGUACGCGCUGCGCGAGCCGGUGGAGCGCGAGCUGGAGCGGCUGGAGCGCGACGGCGUCAUCACGCCCGUCGAGACCUCCGAGUGGGCGACACCUAUCGUACCGGUGGUCAAGUCUGACGGAACUAUACGCAUCUGCGGAGAUUACAAGAUAAGUCUUAAUAAACAUUUAGAUGUGGACCGUUUUCCUUUGCCUAGGGUCGAAGAUUUGUUUACAAAAUUGCAUGGAGGUCAAAAAUUUAGUAAAAUUGACCUCUCUCAAGCAUAUGCACAAUUGGUGCUGGAUGAUACUGCCAAAUACACUGUGAUUAAUACGCACAAAGGUUUAUUUAAAUACAACCGGUUGAUUUACGGUUUAUCCUCGAGUCCAGGCAUUUUCCAAAGGAUUCUAGAACAGAUGUUUGCAGAUUUGCCGAAAGUGGGUGUGUUCCUAGACGACGUAGUCAUUACGGGCGAAAAUGACAAGGAACACAUAGAAAACCUUUAUAGAGUGUUUGAAAGGCUCGAGAAAUACGGUUUAAAGAUUAAAAAAGAUAAAUGUUCUUUCCUGGCCAAUUCAAUUACCUAUUUAGGUUAUGUAGUCGAUAAAGAAGGACUCCACACCUGUCCCAAGAAGGUUAGAGAUAUUUUGAAUGUAACAACGCCUAGUAACGUGUCCGAGUUACGUUCUUUUCUUGGAAUGGCGAUGUACUAUGCGAAAUUUGUGAGAAAUAUUAGCACAAUACUGACACCCUUAUAUGACUUGCUAAAAAAAAAUGUUAAAUUUGAGUGGUCGCAGUCUUGUCAGGAAGCUUUAAAUAAGGUUAAACGAUUGUUGGCUUCCAGUGAGGUGCUGGCCCACUACUCGCCAGACCUCCCACUGAUUCUGACGACAGAUGCGAGCAGCGUGGGCGUGGCCGCCGUGAUAUCGCAUGCAUGGCCGGACGGUACGGAGCGCCCCAUAGCCUACGCUUCGAGAGUAUUGAACAGCGCGGAGAAGGCAUACUCACAAAUAGAACGAGAGGGACUUGCCAUUAUUUAUGGAGUAAAGAAAUUCCACCAAUACUUGUACGGCCGCAGAUUCAUUUUGAGGACCGACCACAAGCCGUUGGUGACGAUCUUCGGAGACAAAGCCGGGAUACCGGUGAUGGCGGCCAGUCGCAUGCAGAGAUGGGCAAUUAUUUUAGGCGGCUAUCAAUAUGAUAUUGAGUAUGUACACACUACUAAAAAUGGAGCUGACGCCCUCUCUCGACUACCGCCGCACAGGCCCGAUAGUAAUCAGACCAGUGAGGAAAUAACAUAUCUGAAUUUCGUACAAAACUUUUUGCCCCUUACCAGCCAGGACGUCCAGAAAGCGACGGAGAAAAAUAUUAUUUUAAGGCAAGUACUUACAUACAUUAGAGGAGGGUGGCCAGCAUCUUCUACUAGCGAAGAAUUAAAACCAUUUUUCUCCAGAAGGCACGAACUGUAUGUCGAAGGUGGCUGUGUAAUGUGGGGUUAUCGUAUGGUAAUUCCAGAAAACUUAAGAGCCAAUAUUUUAAAGGAAUUACACAGCAGUCACCAAGGUAUGGUCAAGAUGAAGAGUGUUGCUCGUAGUUUCGUUUGGUGGCCAAAUAUCGAUAGUGAUAUAGAAGCGAUGAGUCGAAACUGCGCUAUUUGCGCUGUGGAGGCUUGUGCACCACCCCGAGUUAAAUCUCAACCCUGGCCGUACUACUCGGAGCCCUGGAGUAGGCUUCAUGUGGACUUUCUGGGACCUUAUGAAGGUAGGACUUUUUUUAUUUUGAUCGACUCAACCACCAAAUGGAUUGAGGCUUUCCUAAUGACCAGGACAACAGCAAAGGCAGUAAUUAAGGUGUUGCGGGAGACUUUUGCGAGGUUCGGACUGCCAAAGGAAGUCGUGUCAGAUAACGGACCGCCGUUCACAAGUCAAGAGAUGGAUGAAUUUAUGAGAUUAAAUGGAAUAACACAUACAUUUACAGCACCAUAUCACCCAAGUUCUAACGGGGCCGCAGAAGGUGCAGUUAAGUUGUGUAAAAGAGCUAUAAAAAAAGCUAUAAGAGAAAAUCGAGACAUAGAGGAGACAUUACAAACUUUCUUACUGAAUUACCGUAACUGUGAGCAAGGUACUACGGGAGAAACUCCAGCUAUGUUACUACAGAAACGACGACUUCGUUCUAGAUUGGACCAAUUAAAGCCUACCUGCGCAGUUGAAAAGAGAGUCCAUCGCGCUCAACAUAAACAGAUCGAAUCAGCAGGAGGUAUUUUACCUAAUCAAAUGGACGAAGGGGACCCAGUAUGGGUACAAGAAUAUAACGCGAGGGAUAAGUGGGUACCGGGAACAGUAUCAAAAGUAACGGGUUCUCGUAAUUACGUAGUGACAAAGGAAAAUGGUACCACAUGUAGUAGACACUUAGAUCAAUUAAAGUCGCGAUAUGCGUAUUGUUUGCCAAGCUCUAGUCCGUCAGAUAGCACCCCGCAGGUGUCACCCUUGCGCGCGUCGGUGCCGCCGCCGCGCUCCCCGGCCGCGCCCGCCCCCGCGCCGCCGGCGCCCGCGCCCGCGCCCGCGCCGCUAGCGCCACCUGCCGCGCCCGCAUUGACACUAGCCCCGGCCCCAGAAUUGAAACGCAUUAGAAAACCACCUGUGCGUUUUGGUUUCGAAAUAGAUUAA